GGGCGGGCGGGCGCGGGCGGCCCGCGGGGCCGGCUAUUAAUACCGCGGCCGCCCAGCCCGGGUCGCGCAGCCAUGGCCAGCCCGGAGCCCCGGCGCGGCGGGGACGGCGCCGCCCAGGCCGCGAGGGAAACAAGGGCAGAGGCCACUUCUCUUCAAGAGGAGAACUCUGAAUCCCCGUACGAGGUGGGGACCUGGAACCCAGAAGUUACCCUGUCUUUGGAAGGGACCUUGACCUUAGAGGACAUUCUCUACCUGGGGGACGCAGGUGACCUUGAUGAGGCUCUGUUUGUGGAAGAGAUCGAGAAGCCUGAGGAGAUGCUGCAUAUUGAGGAGACCAGGACGCCCAGUGAGGCCCUGUAUGUGGAGGAGCCAGUGAAGCCAUAUGAGGCCCUGUAUGUGGAAGAGCCAGUCAAGCUGGAGGAGAUCCUAUAUGUGGAAGAGCCUGUGAAGCCAGGAAAGACCACAAACCCAGAGCAGAUUGUUUAUGGGGAAGAGACGGCCCCGAGCGAGGAGAAACCUAACCCGGAAGAGAGCCCCAGAGCCGGGCUGAGUCCCAGCACAGAGGGGAGCCUGAGCAUAGAGGACCUGGAAUUGCUGGAGGGGCGUUUUCAGCAGUGUGUCCAAGCCGUGGCCCAGCUGGAAGAGGAGAGGGAUCAGCUCAUCCACGAGCUUGUGUUGCUCCGGGAACCAGCCCUGCAGGAGGUGCAGCAGGUCCACAAGGACAUCCUGGCUGCCUACAAGCUGCACGCCCAGGCGGAGCUGGAGAGGGAUGGGCUGAGGGAGGAGAUCCGGCUGAUCAAGCAGAAGCUGUUCAAGGUGACCAAGGAAUGUGUGGCCUACCAAUACCAGCUGGAGUGCCGCCGGCAGGACGUGGCCCAGUUUGCCGAUUUUCGGGAAGUGCUGACUACCCGGGCAGCCCAGCUGUCGGAGGAACUAGCCCGGCUCCGGGAGGCCUAUCAGAAGCAGAAGGAGCAGUUACGGCAACAACUAGAGGCACCUCCAAGUCACAGGGACGGGCACUUUCUCCAGGAGAGCCGGCAGCUCUCUGUCCAGUUCGAGAACCUCAUGGCUGAGAGCCGCCAGGGCCUGGAAGAGGAAUACGAGCCUCAGCUGCUGCGACUCCUAGAGAGGAAAGAAGCCGCGGCCAAAGCUCUGCAGAAAACCCAGGCUGAGAUCCAGGAGAUGAAGGAGGCUCUGAGACCACUGCAAGCAGAGGCCCGGCAGCUCCACCUGCAGAACCGGAACCUGGAGGACCAGAUCACCCUUGUGAGGCAAAAACGAGACGAGGAGGUGCAGCAGUACAGGGAACAGCUGGAGGAAAUGGAAGAACGACAGAGGCAGCUAAGAAGCGGGGUGCAACUCCAGCAGCAGAAGAACAAAGAGAUGGAGCAGCUAAGGAUCAGCCUCGCUGAAGAGCUCUCAAAUUACAAGGCUAUGCUACCCAAGAGCCUGGAACAGGCUAAUGCGCCCAUUUCUGAAGCAGGUGGAAUGGAGACACAGUCUCAAGGGGCUGUUUAGAAACAUAUGGCCGAAUCUGUAACCAAGAAACAACAAAAAAUUCUUAGCAAAGGAUCACUAAGUACCCUUUGGACACACUUUUUUCUAAACAGAGAAGGGAGUGCCAGGGAUUUGGCAAGCAGUUCACUCUGGGGAAGUUACAAAUACUGGCUGACCUGUUUAAAGAGUCUAGGGCUGGCUGGAGGCAGAACACUAUCUGUCAACUCUUGGCUGGAUUCUAUUUCAUAGGCUGCUGGUACUGAUCUCAAUGCACUGAGGAAUGGAAAGAUGAGUAUCCUGUCACCCAUCAGCAACCCUCCACGUGCACAUGGAGUAAAGGAUGAAUGUAUGGACACACCCUGCAGUGUUGUAAAGAAUGUAUCUUGCCUUGUGUUGACCCAAACCAGGAAGUUUUUUGGGAAGACAGGAGUCAAAGAGGCAGCCGAUUUUCAUUGUAUUAAACAGCUGAUCCUUGAACAAUGUGGGGGUUAAUCUGCAUAUAACUUAGUUGGCCCUUGGUAUCCGAGGUUCCUCCACAUCUGUGGACUCAACCAACCAUUGUAGGUGUAGUAAUGUGGUAUUUACUAUUGAAAAAUAUCUGUGUAUAAGUGAAACUGUGCAGUUCAAACCCACGUUGUUCAAGGGUCAACUGUAUAUGGGUUUACAAUUUGAAUUCUUUCGUGCCUUGAGUGUUAACUUUAACUGAAUUCCUUUACAAAAUUUACUUUAAGUCUAUGCUAAUUAAUGCAGAUUUACUCGUGUCAAGGUAAUUUUCACUAAAAGCUCUAAAAGAACUACUGACUUACAAAAAAAGAACCUAUCCAGAUCUCCCCAAAGAUCUUGCCUCAUGAAAAUGAUUUUGAGUCAGAGUAUCUACUCAGUUAAAUUGGGUGAUUGAAGACCUGGGCAUUUUACCUGGUUAUGGCACUUGGCUUUUAAGAGCCUAUUUUUCUAACCUCUGAGUACAGGCCCCAGUGAAAAAUAUACUGGGGAGACUCAAACUCUCUAUGAGAAAAGGUCAAACACCUUUUCCAAAGUUAAAUUUUGCCUUAAAUUCUCUCCACCACACUGCCUCUGACAUUCUUGAAAGUUUAUGUAGUUCUCUAGAGACAGACCUCAAAAAGAUGUUAUUUUAUCAAAGACUAACCUGUGCACCUCUGAGUCAGUAUUUUAUGUCUUUCACUUUCUCUGGGAAGGAGUAAAGCUCUUUUCUACACUUCUGGGUCUAUUAUAUUUAAUUCUGCUCUUGGUAGUCAAAGACCAUAGAAAAUAACUGUCAUCUGAACAACUCUUCUAGAAGCCAGAGACUGGUGUUUGAUGGAUGUUAUACCUAAAUAAAACCCAUCACCGUGGGGUUAUGUAGAAAAGCAAUUUAUUCCAUUAUAAGCACUUACACAGUUAGUCAAGGAGAGUAACAGGCCUGCUGGUGAAACAGGUCACCCAAAAUAGAGAUGGUAUCAAACUAGUGGUCAAGGACUAACUCCUUUAAAAAAAAAAAAAAAAAAAAAGCAACUCUUAUCCAGGAUUAAUUUAAUUUUAAAAACAAAUACAAGCUAUCGAUUCACUCUUCUCAACUUAAGUGGACAGUCUACCUGUGGUAUAACUGUCAGGUAAAAACAUACAUCUUUACAACUUGGUGGUCCCAAGUUUUUUUUUUUUUUUUUAAACCAUUUCACAGAAAGGAAAGAAAUAAUAAUGACAACAGCUCAAGAAAUACACUAACAAGCAAAAAUAUAUGGGGAGAGAGGAACAUGUUGUUUUGACUUAACUAAAGAAACUGAGAGGAGACUGGUCUAUGUAAGAAAAUGUGUAUCCUGGAAAGUUCGGUGUGAACAUUUUAGAGUAGGAAUUUAUGACUUGAAGCUCCCGUUUCCUGAAUAAAAACGACAUCUUGUAGUAUUUA